AAAAGAAUACGUAUAAAACAUAUAUUGAACUAUAAUUCUGUACUAAUAAAUCAAAGAAAAUUAAAAUGAACUUAUAGAAAUUUGUUUUUUUAUUCAGAAUUCCAGAAUGAUGAAUUCAAAAGCGAUACUAUACUUCUUUGUAUGCAGAAUGUGACGGUGAGCGUAAUCCCACCAGAAACUGUACGAUUGAUCUUCAAACCUUAUCCGACGCUGGUUUCACAUCGCAAAAGAAAUGUAGCAGUUAUUUUGACACAAAAAAAAAUGAAAUCGGAAAAAAACUUAUUAUGUCAUCUUCAAAUUCAAUCUUUGUCAAACGAUAAAAUUAUCAUCUCGUACUCAUUAUCACAGCGCGAAGAGUUUGGUGAUGAGGAUUUCGAAGAUCAAGCAGAUAUAGAUCAAGUGUUUCGUAUUGUUGAUAUAACAACCUGCGAAUAUCGUGAAACAGUUAUUCCCCUCGACGUUACAGAAAGUGACCACGUCUUCGCUGAAACUAUUCUAAAAGAUGCAAACUUGAUACACUACAAUGAUGAUACAGUAGAUAUUUUCUUUAUAAACAAACAUUCUUGUUCUGGCGGUAGAUGCAAACAAACUAUCAACUUGAAUGCUGACAAAGUAGGAAAACCACCAGAUAUUUUUGAUGAAGAUGACAUACCCGAAAAUUACGAUAAAAAUGUCGUGGAUAAAUUAAUGUACACCGUUGGAAAUGGAAAAUCUGUAGAUGUCAUCGAUUUUCUUAGCGAGGGUAAAUUUUUAGGUAUUGACGAUUCCUUUGGGAAGUUAGGAGUUUGUUGGACAAACAAAAAUAAUUCAACUCAGAUUAUCUGCAGACAGUACAGCUCUAACAAUGAAAAACAAACGGAAGUGACAUUCCCUACAGUGAUGCCUACAACAAGACUACUGAGGAUUCGCAAUACGUUAGGGGGUGGAUUGCAGCUAUUGACAGGCGAGUGUACCGAUGAAAAUUGUGAGAAUCAUAAAAAUCUCCUUCUGAUGGAAAAAUAGUUGAAUCUGUUGCAUUAAACAAUUUUACAUGUGUUGAAAUCGGGGCUCGCGUCAUAAACCUAAGCAUGUUCAACCACGGCGUUUACAAGAUUUUCGAAGGGCAGAAGAAUAAUUUAUGUGUAUCUAAAACUUGUAUAAACUAUGAUAAGAUUUAUAUAGAAAGACAAUGUCGAUGGCGCUUGUCUCGAUGCCUGAUCCGUAUACGUAUGAGGUGUUUCGCGAUAGAUACACGUGCUUGCUGUAUAGAAUUGAGAUUAUAUUCUUGCUUCGCGGCUCUCGGCGUGAGCGACGAUCGGAAUGAGAAAUGUUGUAGUGCAAGGAGGAACACAUUUUUAAAGUGCCGAAGAGAACUCAUGGAAUACUAAUCGUUUUUUUGCAGGAGAUGGAGAUACGCUGCGAUUCUAUAUUUAGUGAACAUAAUACUUAUUGCAAAAAACCUUUCACAUAUUCUGUAAUAUUCUUAUAUAAGUAGCCAUUCACGCAUAAUACAAGUAUGAAAGUUUCGCUACAUAUUUCACUUACCCGACAAGACGAGUUUUCCCGCUGACGCCCUGGACGCAUCGCUGUACUUGGAAGUCGAUCUCAAAAA